UUUGCCACUGGGACCCUAUUUACUAGUUAAUUAAGACGGUGUUAGCGAACUUCGUUUAUUCUAGUUUUGCUGAAGCUGAUAAUAAUAAUUGACUAAUUGAUAUAUUUUCAGGUAAAACCCCAAAUCACACUAUGAAAGGAGACUGGAUUGAUAGAUUAAACAACUUCUGGUCUGUACUCCUCCUCAGUGCAUGCGCAGUCGUUUCCUUUGUGGUCCGUAUGCUCCCGUUGAUGUCAGUCCGGUGUUUCUGCCCGGUCCACUUUACCGAUUCACACGUUUCAUAUGCACAGGCUACGCUACAACAUUCUGAGACGUACUACCUUCCAUACUCAGAUCAGACAUUUGGGAUCCCCAGUAAAUAUAAUGUGUCAUACCAUCACUGGAUUCCGAUCAUCCUCUUCCUGCAGGCCUUGGCUUUCAAGAUCCCACAGUCGCUGAUCUCAUUAAUGAAAUCUUUCAUAUGCCCAACACGUAUAUUCGACACAUACCUAAGUCCGCAUAACCCAAAUCGACCGAACACCGCAAAUGAUGAACUUACCAACAGAACUGCAAGACUCUUGGCAGAAUUCUUAUCUAGUAACAAUAUCCUGAUCACGUGUAUGGAAAUUUGCAAAAAGAUUCUAUUCUGUAUAAAUCUGAUCGCGCAGUUAGUCUUCCUUCAAAUGUUCUUUAAUUCUGGCCGCCACAUCGUCCCAGAAAAUCUAGGAAACAAGACGGUUGUUCCUACUCUUCCGAGAGGAUCGAUUUUACACGAUUUUGCGAUUCAAUAUCUUCAGAAUGUCUAUAGAUACACAGUGCAAUGUGUCAUGCCGGCCAACGAAGUAUACGACAAGAUAUUUGUGUUUCUAUGGUACUGGGUCCUCCUGGUGGCCAUCUUGUCUUUUAUCAACACGGCAUUGUGGGUAUUCCACAUCUUCAUACCAGCAAUGUCCCGAAACAAGGUCAAGGUGUACCUGAAGAGUGUGGAUAUAGCUGCACCUGAACGUGACUUGGGCGACUUUGUUAGCAGCUUCCUUGGAUGGGACGGCUCGCAUCUCCUGUAUCUACUGUCUGUCAACGGAUUCGAGUUGCAGGCUGCUGGACUAACUCACCAACUCUGGAUCAUAUAUCAGGAAAGGUUGAAGCAGUCUACGGUUCCUGGUGCUACUGUAGGACAGUUGGACACCAAGAUGAGUGGAGCAGCUCUAGACGUCUCAGCAGAAUAACCGCUAGUGCCAGUGUGUCCCGAAAACACGCCUGUAAUCUCCACAGAGAAACCUCUUGCUGCCAACGUCACUUCCAGGGAGAUGUAUUCGUCUGAUGGGAUAACUGAGAAAUGACGUUUGUACAUCCAGUAACCGUAACAACAUCCUGCCUUCAGCUGACUUUUCCGCAUAAUCGCCGCUAGUGCCAGUGUGUCCCGCAUGCACGUCUGUAAGCGCUACAGCGAAACCUUUCGUGGCUACCAUCACAUAACUGAGUAAUGACGUUUGUACAUUCAGGGUUUUUAACAAUAUUCUACUUCUGUUGAUGAUUAUGUCCAUGCUACUACUACUACUACUACUACUACUACUACUACUACUACUACUACUGCUGCUGCUGCUGCUGCUGCUGCUACUACUGCUUCUGCUGCUGCUAAUGCUACGGCUACUACUUU